CCAGCCUCCACUCUGAAGGUUCCCUGCUGUGAAUGCAGUUUUCCAAAGAUUUUGCUAGCGUGUGUCUGUCUCCGUGUUAAGUGGUUGGAACUGAGCCUAAGUUCGUUCUCUACAGCGAGAGCUCCGCAAUGAAACCUCAUCCUCAGGCCUCUCCCCGUUCCCUUCCAAUGCCUUCUGCAUCCCGGACACCAGGGCUGGAUCACACAGGUGAGACCCAGCAGCCAAAAGCCUGGAACUGGCAUUUAGACCCUCAGCUGUGGGCAAGAUCAGUUCGGCAACAGUUGAAUACCUGCCUCCGCUUUAUUCUGGAAGAGAGGAGAGUACCUUCGUCUCCCAAUAAGCCCUCAGUUGAAGUCCUUGAAUCUAGGCUGACUGAAUGUAGCUGCAGCAUUCAAGGACAUUCCUGGGACUGUUGGAAGAAACAGAAGCUCCUUAAGGAAGUGGUUGAAUCAGAGCAACGGACAUCGCUGGAGCUGCUGCUGUCCGAGCUGCGGUCCCUGCUGUCAGCUGUGCUGCAGGAUUGCAGCUGUGAAGCCUGGCGUUAUCUGCAUGCAGUACUGGGCCUGUUGCCUCCAUAUCGUGAGAUGCUAACUGGUCAGCUCGAGUUGCUGCCUUUACUGGAGCAACUGUAUUGCUGGGCACCCAAGGUCCAAUCCCAACUCCACCUGGAUCUGCUAGAUGCCAUAGAUAAGGCCUUUCCCCCAGAUACCUCUUUAUUACACAGUUCUUCCCAUGUUGACUGCCGUCCCUGGAUGAAGAGGUCUUAUCGAGGGCCUCCAUGCCCAGCAUGCCCUUUUGUGAAGGCCCGGUGGGGCAAACAACAAAAGCAGGAACUAGCCACGUGGCUGCGACCAUUGACACUGCCUGAGCUACAGCACAGCCUGGGCAUUGUUGGUGUUGAGGUGGCCCUAGAAGAGACCCAGUGGCUGAAUAGCCUUAGUCUCCUGCCCUUGGCACUGGCGACAGACAUUCCUGUACAGUAUGGAAGCAGCGAUGCUCACCUCGCAGAAGGGGAGCCUGCUGAGAGAAAGUCUCAGCGUGCCUCUGAAUCUCCUGAGGAGAAGGCCUUCAAGAAGAAAAGUUCUAAGACUUCCUUACUGAAAAGUAAAGUGAAAUCCCUUCUGAAGACAGACUGGUACCAGAGGAAGAUCCACUUCCUCUAUCUCAAUGUGGCUCCUGACCGGCACUUUAAGCCUUACAACCUGGUAGUGGUGCCACCGGACCAGGUGGAUCCCGAACACUACAUCUUCUCUCCCUUUGGGAUCCUGCAUGUGCAUCCUGUGGAGGGCAGUGAGACCAUGACACUGGGUACCUGGCAUCGCAACGCCACCAUCUGGCACGAGCUCCAGUGCAUUCCAUUCUUUAGGAAUUGCCUCUUACAAAAGGCUUUGACCUGCUGGAAGAAGAAUGUGAGGCUGCACGGACUGCACCGAAUCCAGACUUUCCUGAAGAGUCAUCUGCUCUUGGCUGUUCCUCACUUUGGAGCUGGGCUGCUCCAUAUUAGCAGGCUUCUUCAGGAGCUUCGUUCUGUGUCCUGGCUACCCAAGGAGCCAGAUAAGAGCUAUGAGCUUCUGGACCUGCAGAAGACAAUAGCCAAAGAGAAUCACAGGGCUCUGAGAGUGUUCUGUCGCUUUCUGAAUCUAUGCACAUCCAUCCUUCAGCUGGUAGUGCAGUCUACAGACCUGAGAACCUCCAUGGAUCCCCUGAAUUCUGAAGAUGAUAAAGACCUGGAAUCAAAUGCAGAAUUCCUGAUGCCCAAGUUUCAUGGAAAGCCCAGCGAUGCUGUUCACCUCUUCUGUGGCCCAAAUGUAGGAUUUGUGUGGCCCUGGAAGUCUCAUGCAAUCACUGAUGUCCUGGAGGUCCGUGGGCACCGACUUCGGGGUCAGUAUCUACACACCAAUUAUAAUCAUGUACAGGAGGACUUGGACAAUAAUACUAGAAUCCAACAGGCACUGGCUGUACAACAGGCACUGCUGGAGGACAUGCUGCAGGAGGUUCGGGAAUUCUGCAGUGAACAGCAGUGGGUGGAAGGCAUCUAUAAGUUCCUGAAAGCUUGGGAUCCUCAGAAGUUAGAGGACCUGAGAGGCUCCCCCAUUAAGCACUAUGUAGUACUAGUCAGCCAGCUGAAAGAUUGGCAGGAACGUGUCUCCAAUAUGCCUGUCCAAUUGCUGACAAAAGGCAAGUUGCUGCUCCUGAGUGGCCAUGAUGUUCAAGCAGAGUUGGAGUCCAAGUUAAGCAGCAUGAGGAAGAACAUUCUUGCGCAAGUGCAAAGUGAAUGCUGGAGCCGUAAUAGGCAACUGAUGACAGAGAUGACAGAUUUCUUGCAGGCCUUCCAAACCAUCAACUCAGACAUCCAUGCCAUUGCACAAUGCUCCCAAAAGUUGAAUGAAGCCAAUGAGCAAUACGGACAGCUGGACGAACGAGUGGAAUAUGUCCGAUCACUCCAUGACCUCAUCCGCAACCACUGUGGCCUUUUUAUGGCUGAGAAUGAGACGCUAGACAUCUCGCUUCUGGAUAUAUGGGAGACUUUUCAGUUUGAGAGAAGCCAGGCUUCCGAGUUCCUACUCAGUAAGCGACAUUCCAUUGUGCCCAAGCUGCAGCAGUUGAUGGCAGCAGCAUUGACAGAGUUGGAGGGCCUGUUGGCAGAAGCACUGUCUGGUUCCUUCAUGGACCCUUCACAAGAACAGAGGAGCACUGAGCAACAGCUUGCUGCCUUGGAGCACCAGUUCUUGAACACACUCAACAACUUCAAUGACCUACGCUAUGCUUACAACACCUUCACGGGGGAUGAGUGUACUAUGUCCCCACCUACUUCUGGGAACCGGCCUAUUAUACAGCAGCAGCGUAUCUGGAGGCUCUACCGAAUCAUCUCUGAAAACUUCAGUGAGUGGAAGUGCAUGGCUUUUACCAAGUUCAGUCUUUCUAUGGCCCGGGAGAAGACAGAUGCCUGGCUGACAGAGGCUGCACGGCUCAGUGCCACCCUGGGGCUGCACAGUCCAGUGCUACAACGCUGCAUGCGCACGCUAGAGGACUUUCGAAACUACCUGCCCUUGCUCACCAAGCUGGGCAGCCUCCAGCUUCAGAACUUUAACUGCCAAUCCCUCUUGAGAGUGUUAGGGCUGGGCGGUCUGCAAAGCUUCGACCUUAUCACAGUGGGCCAGCUGCUCAACUGUCCACUGCUGGAAUUCGCAGACAGAAUCAAUCAGGUCUGGCAGUAUGAUAAGGAACGAAUUCAUGCCCAAGAAAGCCUUCAGCAGAUGCAGCAGUACUGGGAGGGCCGCCAGCUACGCCUUCUCAACUUCAUCCUGCAUGUGCCCUACAACCCCCCAGUCUCAGAGCGUUCCAAAAGGCAGGCAUUUCGAAACCCCCAGUGGGAAUUAGUUGGCAAGGAUAGUGGCACAUUCCUCCUCUCAGACUACAGCAGCCUGCAAGAUGCCAUCCAGAACAGUCUUCAGGCACUAUUCAAGAUCCUAGCCAUCCAGAAGUCAGGAGAGUUGAAUAAAAUAGCUUUAGAGUGGGUGUCCAUCAUGUACGGCCUAGGUGCCCUACUGGAGGUGUGGGUGGCUUUCCAGCAGAAGUGGAUUUUUCUAAAUAAAGUUCUACAUGAGAUGAAGAUCCAGUUUCCUGGUGCUGAGCUGAAUGCCCGUUUCAAAGUCAUGGAUGAUCAGUAUCGGACCCUAAUGCGAAUCUCUGUAGCUGACCCAAUGGUUCUGUCACUAAUAGUGCCCAAUGCCAAGAGGAGCCCUUACUUUCAAGGUCAGCAUCUACAACAACUACUAAAAGCAGGAUCUGUGGAGCUGGAAGCCAUCAUCAUGGCUCUGGAGGAUGUCCUCUAUGGGGUAUGUUCCGACUUCCCCCGCCUUUUCUUCCUCAGUGACAGUGAACUGGUGGCCCUGCUUGCUGCCCCUCUAGAGACCUGUGAGGCUCAACCAUGGGCACAGCGCUGCUUUCCUCACAUUAAAGCUGUGGACUUCAGGUCCAACCCAAUUAACGAGAAAAGCAAGAAUGACCAGGAGCCAAGCUCAAGUACACAGACUCCAGUGGAGACAAUCGCUGUGCUAGGGGCAUGUGGAGAGAAAGUGAAGCUUCAGGGUCCUCUUCCUCUACACCCAGAUCUCCCUAAGUGGCUAGCCUCUUUGGAGAAGUGUCUGCGUUUUGUAAUCGUGAACUUGCUGCAGAGCUGUGUGGCCACCCGCCUUGCUCAAGGCCCAUCCCUAGUUAAGGCACUGAAGGCACUGCCUCAACAGAGAAAGGUGCCCAUGCAGCUCUAUGUCCAGCACUGGCUAGAUGCAGUGGAGGCCUUUCCAUGGCAGUGCAUACUGGUGGCAGAGGAGGUAGUGUGGCGGGCUGAGAUGGAGGAGCUUCUGUCUGAGUGGGGGACCAUGCGGAUGAUUCCCAUACAUGUACACAAGCUGGAAGUGCUGGUGCAAUUUAUACGAUCUCAGAGGAGCUCCCAGGGUGAGCACCCUCUGCCUUCUGUUCGCCAGACUAGCCUAUUCAGUACCCUGCUGGUCAUGGCAGUGACUCAUCGGGAUGUAGCACAGCUCCUGGGAAAGCACCGGGUCAGCCAUCUGACAGACUUCCACUGGGUCCGCCAACUUAAGUAUCACUUGGGUUCAUCUCACUCAAACCCCAAGGGGCCCGUGCAGUAUCUUAAGACUGUUGCAUCUGCUGAGCCCUCUCUGUCACCAGCUGUAUGCUGGAUAGAUGUGCUUGGCCGGUCCUUCAUAUACAAUUAUGAGUAUCUGGGACCCAAACUGGGGCCUCUACCCAGCCUGAUGCAUGAGCGGCAAGUGCUGCUUCUCUUAUUGGCCAUGGAAGAGGUGGCCUGUGGGACCCUACUUGGCCGAGAUGGUUUGGGCAAGUCAGAAACAGUGAAUAGCCUGGCAUGGGCCCUGGGCCGCCAACUGGUAAUGAUGCCCUGCUUGCCCCAGAUAGAGUUCCGAUGUCUGAGCAAUUACUUGAAUGGUGCCCUUCAGGGUGGAGCUUGGCUGCUGUUGGAGAACGUUCACCAACUGCCUCCUAGCUUGCUCUCUGCCCUGGGCCAGCGUCUGGAUGAACUACACCAUCUUUAUGCUCCACUGUACCAGAAAGCUUCCCAAAACAUCAGUACCAUAAACCCUACUAAGCCCCUAUUCAUUGGCGCUGGUUUCUUUGAGAAGCACCAUGUGUUCAUGCGCCUUGGCUAUGGCUGUUUCCUGACAUUUCAUGCCCUGAGCCCUGAUGUGCCUGCCAAUCUGCACCUGCUACUGCGUCCUGUGGCCUUGGCACUGCCUGACCUGCAGCGAGUGGCAGAACUUUACCUACUGGGAGCAGGGGUAAGGGAUGCCUCCCGAAUGGCUACUCGGCUAUCCAAAUUAUUCUCCUUAGAGCGUGAGCUAGUGUCUGGGACCUUGCCCUGCCGCUUGUCACUGCUCAAGCAGGUGCUGGAAGAUACAAUACAGACGCUAAAUGCACCUGUGGAGGAAAACAAUUCCCAGCAGCCAGACAACCUAGCUGCGCCUGAGGAGGCUGCCCUACUGCAAGCCCUGUUGCACUCACCGCUGUUCAGCAUCCUUGAUGGGCUCCGCCUGCAAAAGCUCCGAGAGCUGCUCUGUGGGAUUUUCCCGAACGCUAGUCACAUGCUGGCGGAACCUGUGACCCAUAGACUGAUGAGGUCCGUAGUGGUGGAAGAACUCCAGCAGGUAGGCCUGCUUCCCACCCCUAACGUAUUGAUGUCUCUGGAGCAACUCAGUCAGGCCCUGAGCCGGGCCUCUGGUAUUCUGCUCUUGGGCCCUGCAGGCAGUGGCAAGAGCAGUUGUUGGAAGAGCUUAUUUAAGAUUCAGAAUCGGCUGGCAGCCAUGGAACAAACCUCAACCCAGGGUUUCCAGUCUGUGGAAAUUGCCCACCUAUAUCCUAGCGUGCUCAGCUCCCAAGAAUUUCUAGGGUGGUCAGAAGGUCCCUCCUGGCACUAUGGCAUCUUCCCCAAGCUUCUUCGUGCUGCCCCUCAUUGUAAGAAUGUGAACUCAGAAGAGCAGUCAGAGGAAUUCACAAGGAUCCAGCAAUGGAUAGUAUGUGAUGGGACCCCUAAUUCUACAUGGAUAGACUCCAUCACUUGUCUCCUAAGUGACCCUCCCCAGCUGAGUCUCCCUAAUGGUCAACAGAUAGCACGACCCCUGAGUACCUUUUUCUUGAUGGAGGUGGCAGAGGCAGCAGGCAUGUCUCCUACAGUGGUAGGCCGGUGCGCUCUAGUCUGGUGUUGUGGGGAGCAGACGUGGCAGUGCAUGCUUAAUGUCUUGAUGGCAUCCCUGCCUCAUGAAUACCAUCUGCAGCAAGAGACAGUCAUUGAGCUCAACCGCUUAGCUGAAGUACUGGUGCCUGCAAUGCUCCGAUUCCUUACCCGCAUAGGUGCCAGUUCUCUGCUACAGGUACAUGGGCAUCAGACUGUUUGCCCAGGUGUGGCGGAAGUUGCCAGUCUGGCCCGCAUUUUACGUGCUCUGCUUGACCCCCAUCUACGCUUAUAUGAAGAGGAGAAGCCACGUGUUCAAGAGGACUUUAGUGGCAGCGAUCUUGCAACACAAAGCUUCAAAUCUUCAAAAAGCAAGGUCCAGUCUGACAGUGACGGCAUGACUAAAAAGCAGAGGAGACAUUUGCUGGCUAUCAGCAGCUUUCUUUUUGCCACGAUCUGGGGCUUUGGAGCACACCUUCCGUCCAGGCACUGGCCUCUCUUUGAUAACUUCAUGAGGAAUUUUAUUAGUUCCCUAUCCAACUACCCUGAGCCACCUCCUUCAGCCUUGGUGUUUGAUCUACAUGUAAACCUUGAAGAUGGAACACUGGUCCCCUUUGCUGGCCAGUACCUGAGCAGCUGUGUCAAAGGAAACCUGGGUACUUUCCAGCCCUCUUCCCAGACUGAACGGCUUUUGUAUGUGGUGAACCUGCUUCUAUCAGAUGGACAGCCAGUGCUGCUUGCUGGAGAGAUAGCCACAGGGAAGUCAGCUUUUGUGGAGGUGCUAGUGCAGCCGAGUCGCCCUUCCAUCCACAGCCCCAUUCACUCUGCUUUAAGUUCUGCCCACCUUCGUCAUGUGCUGAGCAGAGGGGUCCACGGUCAAACACAAGCCGCUGGCUCAUUCCUGGGUUAUUACCAGGAUUCCAAAGGAUCACUCCUUUUCCUGAUGGAAGAUCUGCACCUGGCUAGUUCUGACCCAGAGAAGAGCUGCCAGCCAGUGCUGGAGACUCUGCGCCAGGCAAUGGAAGGCACCAUAUAUGCUCGAAACACCUUGGAAUUACAGACGCUGCAGCCUACAGUCAACUUCCUUGCCACUGCUACAGUGCCAGGCUACUCUGAGCGCCCACUCUGUCCACGUCUCUUCCGACUCUUCACAGUGCUGGCCCUGGACAACAUGAGCCAGGACAGCCUUUUGAGAAGGCAUGUACCUGGUAUCCAAGCCUGGCUGGAGCGCUUCCCCUCUAUGGAGCGGGAGCACAUUCUGGCAAGAGCCCUCGUCAGAGCUUCCGUGGAGGCUUGGGAGGCCGUGUGCAACUGCUUCAUGCCUUCCCCUCUCUGCCCACAUUACCGCUUUUCCCUGCAUUCUGUGAGCCACAUUCUGGAAAGCCUGCAGCUGCUGCCUACUAGAAUGGGCUCACGAGGUUUUGUAGAUUCUUUCCAUCACCAGGAGCAUCUGCGCCGGGUGUCCGGCUUACGUGGAACUCGCCUGACUAUCAUGAUGUCCAUGCGCGUCGUGGUGCGUCUUUGGUUACAUGAGGCACAAAGGACAUUUUGUGACCGGCUGAACAGUGAUAGGGAACGUUCCCAUUGUGCUAAGCUGCUUCUAGAAAUAGCUCAGAAUGUCUUCUGUUGUGGGCCAGUGUCUCAGCCCUUGGUCAAGGACUUUGAGGAGGAAGUGGAGGAGGAAAAAGUGCCUGAAGUAGAAUCGGAAGGAGAAAUAGCCCAGUGGGAGGACCUAAGCAGCAGUAACAGUGAAUCAGAGGAAGAAGAGGACCCAUAUGGCCUUCAGGUCGCCACAGGCUCAUUCCUCGGUGAUAGCAGUCUAGCACCAUUACCCCUACGACUGGUAAACAAGAACACAGGAAGUGUAAGUCAGAUGGCUGAGCAGGAGGAAGAGAUAAGGGCUUCUAUUGGUAAACUCCAGUCAGAGACACCCAAGAGUGAGUGGCAGACAGCAACCCAGAUGGACUUUAGUUUACCCUUGUUGCUGCCCGUGCUGUUGUUCUAUCCCCAGGAGAAGCCCUCAGACCUAGUGUUCAGUCUGGAACUUACACUAGGAUCUAACCCCGAGAGCCCCAACUUGUACUUGGAGCGGCAGUGGGAAACUCUGGAAAAGCAGUUGGCUGCCUCAGCUGUCCGGUUGAAGCUGAACCCUCACCUCACUCAGGGCCACAUGAUGACCCAGCAUGUGGCCCGCCUGGUCCGAGUUCUGGCUAGGCACCGGCAGCAUGGCCUGCUGCUCUCAGUGACUCGGGGUACUGGGCGCCAUACAGCCGUCAGUCUGGCUUCUAACAUUUGUCAAGCUCACCUCUUUCACCUGCCAUCUGAGUCAGAGGAAGCUAUUUUCCAGUGUCUCCGAGAUGCCAGCUGGUGUGCUGGAGUAUUAAACCAGCCAGUGGCUCUUCUGGUGCCUGAGACUGUGAAUGUUGCUAUCUUUCACCGGCUGGUGGCCCUGGCAACCUCAGGUAGCUUUCCUGACCAGUACACAGAGGCAGAUCUGGAUAACAUCGAAGAACAUCUCCCCAAGGAGAACUCUGUGGUCAAACUCAUCAUUAAGAAGGACACAGUAUUGCAUAGGUUCUACCAGCAAGUAUGUAGCAACUUGCACAUGUUCUUCUUGAUGGGAGAUGACCAAGCCCAAAAGCAGCUGCCCUCCACUCUUUUCCUGAAGCUCCUUCAACUGACCACUGCCAGUGUUGACCGCUAUGAACCCUGGGACCAAGCUUCCCUCGUCAGGAUUGCCCAAUACCAUCUAGAGGAUGCUCAGAGUCUACCUCUUGAUGAUGGCUCUUUAAAGUGCCCAGAUAUCAAGGCCUUCAUUCCUAAUGUGGCCAAAAUCAUGGCUCUCAUCCACCUUUCAUCUGCCUGUUAUCAUCAGCAUGUUUGCCCUGCAUUGCCACUUGUCACGCCUAAGACAUUCCUGGACUUCUUGGACAUGUUCCUGCUGCUGCAGCAGCAGAUGGUCCUGAAGAUGAGAAUGAAGGCCCGGCGUAUCCACUCUGCCCUAAAGACUUUGAGGCUGUUGGUUGAGAGGCACAGCACCCAAACUAACCUGCUAAGUGACCUGGAAAUGCGGCUAAAAGGCUCCUACAAGAAUGUUGGCAUGUUUCAAAGCCAGCUCGAGGAAAGCAAACUCCUAUACAAGCAGAAGAUGGCAGAAUGCCAACACCAGGAGAGCCUCAUUGAAAAUCUUGUCAGGCAGCAAAAUGCCCUCCAGGCUCAACAGGAGGCUUUCCUGGAGCAGAUGGGCAAGGCAUUUCUAGGUCCUUUGAGCCAGCUGCAGGUAGCUGACUUUGAGGAAAUAAGAAGCUAUCGAGCCCCUCCAGACUCUGUAGUCCAGGUGACGGAUGCAUUGUGUGAACUGUUUCACCAUGAGACGGGCUGGGCCAGUGCCAAGCAGCUGUUAUGUACUGAAGAUUUUUAUCAGGAACUGGUAUUCUUCCCCAAGCAGAAACUGACUGACUCAGAACUGAUAAAGCUAAACCAAGCUCUGAAAGCUCCAGGUAUGAGAGAUGCAGCCUUGAGGUCAGUAAGCAUCCCUGCAGCAAACCUGGCCAUUUGGCUCUGGGCUGUUCUGCGCUACGGGCUGGCACAGCGCCGGGGAUUGCCCACUGGCCUGCUGCUGCGGCAGGUGGAGGCAACACUGGCUCGGGAGCAGGCCCGUCUAGGCAAGUUCCAGUUUCAGGCCCAUGAUCUGCUGGAGCAAAUUUCGUCUCUUACGAAGAAGCUAGAAGAUGCCCUAGCCUCUCAUAAUCUUGUCAUGGAGACCCUCAAUCAGGCACAAUGUGGACAGUAUCACAAAUGGCCCAUGAAGUCUGCACUGCUCACACCCAUGCACAUGUGGACCAAACAGCUCCAGAAGAUGAAGGAUAACUGCAAGACUGUGUUUGGAGAUGCCCUCUUGUGUUCAGCCGCUAUUGUCUAUCUGGGUCCCUUCCCACCACAGCGGCGCCAAGAAUUGUUGGAAAAGUGGCUGUCUCUGUGUCAGGGCUUUGAGGAAGCCCUGGAGCCGGAUGAUGUGGCACAGACACUGAAGCAGAGAUCUGUUGGGGUGCCACCAAAGAACCCUCUGGUACCCACAUGUACUCCCUUCAGGAUUUUGACCUUACUGAGCUGUGGAUCUGAACAGCAGGAGUGGGACAGAGACCUGAAGCCCCAAGCAAGGUCAGCCCGCUUGUUAGGCCUGCUGCUGCGAAGCCACAUCUACUACAGAAGUUAUCGUUGGCCUCUGCUGCUUGACCCUAGCAACCAGGCCCUUGCCUGGCUGAACCCACUACCUCCGAAACAGAACAUGUUGUUGGCACCACCUAAAGAGAGCAGAGCAAAGUGCCAUAUGACAAACCAAGACAGUGAGGAUGAAACAGAAGAUGAAGGUGAUGAUGAUGAAGAAGAAGAACAAGAACAAGAAGAAGAAGAUAGAAACAAGGCCAAUGGCCAAACAAAAGACCAGAAGACAGAGGAAAGCAAGAGUGAAGAGGGCAAAGAGAAGGAGGAACAAGAAGCAGAGAAAGAAAAGAAUGAGAUAGAGAGUUCGAACUUAAGUACACCAUCUGAGACUCAGUCUCCACCUCCCUGCCUUACUGUCCUCUCGGGUGCUGACCCAGAGUUAGGGCCUCAGCUCCUGGAGGCGGCUGCCAAUGGCCUGCCUGUGCUCUUGACAAAUAUGGAGCUGAGCCUAGGGUGCCAAGAACUUCGUUGGCUGCUGUCGAGGAAGGAUCUGAGUCCACCCCAUGUGCAACCUGGCUUUUGUCUCUAUCUGAGCACAACCCUUCCCAUCCAUGCUUUGGAACGAGUACUAGGUUGUGAAUUGCUGAAAGGGUUGAAUGUUCUGGAUCUGGGCCUGAACAUGGAAAUACUAGAAGAACAGAUGCUGCACGAAAUCCUGUGUAGAGAGCGUCCAGAGCUUGAGACCCGCUGGCAGGACCUCAAAAUCAGAGCAGUGGAUACCUAUGAAGCUGUGGAGGCUGCUGAGGUGCUUGGGGGCCUAGUCUGUGGGGUGGAUAAAAACAUGGGGAAAGUUCAAGUACAGAGCUGGAGAGGAUGUUUGGGGACCAUCACAAAGGUCCAGAUCCAUCCAACAAAUUACCACAUGCAGGAACAGUUGUUGGCGAUAUUGCUACUUCAGAACCAAAGGCGUCAGAAACCAUCCAAGUUUCUGAGAGAAAUGGUGAGGACUCAGGCAAAGAUAUGUCAGCUGAAUGCCCAGAUGGAGGAGAUAGAAGAGCAGAAACUGGAAGAGAUGGUACUGUGGGCACCCUACCGGCAGGUAGCUUGUCAUGGAAUCGCUGUGGUAGAGGCUCUAAGCUCACUACAGAAACUGCUGCCAUUUUUCUGUAUGAAUUUAGAAAACUGGUUAGCAGUCACCAGGAGGGCCCUAGACAGCAUGAAACCACAUGAUAGUCACCACGGAGAGGACUUGCCCAGCCAUCUGCUGCAACUGAAAAUCCACCUGACCCGCCAGCUGCUGAGCAGCACCGUGGCUGCCCUAGGUUUGACCCAAGCACCCUUGGUGGGUGCUCUGGGUGCUGUGGCCCUGCUGCAAGUGACAAAGAAGACACCAAAGCUAGAGAGGUUGGCGCUGUGGCCUGGACUGUCGGCCUCUCCCAGCACAGGCCAUAACACACAGGGCCCUGGUAUGGCUAGGCCAGCCUGGUUAGGCUUAAGAGCCUGGCAAGAAUGUGGGGCAUUGGAGCUGCUGUCCCCAUUUGCUGGGCUUCGUGCAUCCCUAGCAGGCCACUCCAGUGUGUGGCAGGAUUACCUGUCACUAUCAUCCACCGUGCUGGGUCCUGCACCUGGUCCUAAUUCUGAACCACUUAGCCUCUUCCAGAAGCUGAUACUGUGGCGUGUACUGCGACCAGAUUGCCUGGCAGCUGCCCUAGCAGACCUCACCACCAGCCUACUAGGUCGGCCCCUAGAUGAAGACCUGGGUGCCCCUACCAUGAUAUUUGAACACAGUCAGGCUACUCAGCCCAUACUGAUCUUGCUGCCACCAUCUGGCCACCCUGUAGCCACUUUGCAUCCUGUGACUGUCAUCCGGAAACUAGCUGCCAACCAUGAGACACAGAAGCAUCUGCAUGUCAUCGCACUAGGCUCUGAAGAUUGGGAUCCCGUCUCAACUAUAGUCAACACUCUAUGCCAGGCUAUGCUCCAGGGGCACUGGCUGGUGCUGGAUAACUGUCAUUUGAUGCCUCAUUGGCCAAGAGAACUGCUACAGCCCUUGCUGGGACUGCUGGAUGGAGCCAAGGUGGUCUCAGACUCGGAACUGUUAGCUGAACCAGAAAACAGGAGUGUGGCCACUGUCCACAGAGAUUUCCGUCUUUGGCUGAUUGUAUCUACUGAAGCCAGUGCUUCCUUGCCAGGGGUGCUGAUCCAUCACUCCAUGUCUGUUUUCUGGGACCAGUCCUUAGAACUACGCCGUAUCUUGCUCGACAGUGUGGAUUUGCAGCAAGGACUCUGCAUGCAACCCCUCAGUCGGACACUGCCUUUGUUCCUCCUGCAUGGUCUCCUGCUACACCGACAGCUCUAUGGGAUAAAGCUGCAAGCACACAGGGGGCGCUGGAGUCAAGUAACCUUGACCAAGAUUCUUCAGACCCAAGAGCAUCUGUGGGCCAGUCUCAGUAACCCCGGUGCUGCCUUGCUGGAGCUGGCUGCCUCAGUUUUCUAUGGAGGUUCUGUGGGGGACCCAGGAGACAGAGAGGCCCUGAUUAGCCUGACACAAACCUGCCUAGAUCCCAAGAGCAUGAGCUGGGUCCAGCCACACACACCUCAGUAUCUGCUGGCCACUCUGAUGCCUAGUCCAGAGCUAGGGGAACUAGAUGCCAGGACAGAGUGCAAGGCCCGGAUGCACCUACUGCCCACACCAGCUGAACCUCGUGUCUGCGGACUGAAUGAAGGGCCUAAGUCCUGGCUAUUGAGACGCCAGAGUCGUGCUCUCCUGAGCGUGCUACAGCAGUGUUCGCCCACAUGGGUUCCUUCAGCUUGUGGAGGAAUCAACCAGCGUAAAGAAAGGCGACUUCGGCAACGCCUGGUGCAAGCCAAGAAGAGGCUGGUGGCCCUUCAGGCUUUGCUAUCCAACCGUAAUCGCUCAGGCCAGUGUAUCACCCCGUGGGCGGUGCUGGGGCCCAAUGCCCACAGGCCUCUGGAGGGCUUCUUAGAGACAGAGGUGCUGGAACUGAAGCAGCUGGUGUGCAUACUGCAGCGUGACCUUGACUGUUUACUGCAGCAGCUGAAGGGUGAGACCCCGUGUGCCUCCAGACGCUGUGCUGCAGUGGCCCAUGCUCUUUGGGCAGGACGCCUACCUCGGCCUUGGAGAUCUCAUGCGCCUGCUGGGCCACAGCUACCCUGGCAAUGGCUGCGACAACUGUCCCGCCGUGGGCACCUACUGAUUCGCUACCUGGACAGUGGCACGAGCGAAAAUGCCAAUGAACCAGAGCGCAUAUUUCACCUGUCAGCUUUUCGCCACCCUCGUCGUCUGUUCCUGGCACUGCGUUGGGAGGCGGUCUUGGAGUCCAGGGUGCCAAGCCCCAAUCUUCCUGGUAUCCAAGGCUCUGGCUCCAGCAGUCUCCCUCCUAAACGUCAGGAGCUGAACAACCACCCUCUGCAUAUCCGGGUGGAGAAUGGCCCAAAUCCCAAGGUUCCUGAGAUGGGAUUGUUGCUGAUCGGGUUACAGCUUCAUCAUGCAGAGUGGGACCAGAUGGACGGGGCCUUGCAGGACAGCUUUUCCAGCCAACCCAGCCUUCUGCCUCCUGUCAGCGUCAGCACACAAGCCCGUGGUGCCAAUAACACACCAGUCUCAGCUGGCCUGGGCGUGUACUCCUGUCCCGUAUACAUGACCGGGCCCCUUGGCACCACUAAGCUUCACAGUAAGAACAUCCUGAUGCACGUGCCACUACCCACGAAGCUCAGCCCUGACACCUGUAUCCAACGGAGAGUUCAUGUGUGCAGCCCAACCUUAACCUGAGCCCCAACCAAAAUAAAGCUGUAGUGGUGUCAAGAAUGAU